UAUCCCUUAUCAGCGUUUCUCUUUGGCCUUUGCCCUCUCAGGAGUUUUUCUAUUUCCUGUGUCUCUCUUUCUUUCUCCGACUAAAACAAAGACCCUCCACCUAGGCACCCACCUGGGCUUCGGCUAGAACUGGCUAACUCUCAGGAAGCUCUGGAAGAAAGUGAUUCUUCUAGUAAUCAAAGGGUGGUUCUCGCCCUCUAUGAAGCCCUGAGCACCCGCGACGUGGCCACUGUGCACCAGAUCGUCGCCGCCGACCUCGAGUGGUGGUUCCAUGGUCCGCCAUCUCAUCAAUUCUUGAUGCGCCUUCUCACCGGCAGUGCCACAGUCUCUGCCACGUCCUUUAGCUUCAACCCCAAGUCCAUAACCUCCUUCGGGCCCACUGUCCUCGUCGAGGGCUGCGAUCUCGCCUGCUCCAUUUCCUGGGUCCACGCCUGGACGGUCUCUGAUGGGGUAAUUACUCAACUCAGGGAGUACUUCAACACGUCCCUCACCGUCACCCGCCUCGGCAACACCAGCCCAUCUUCACCCUCCUCCUCGGAUUUCGCCUCCACCUCCUCAGCAUCCUCGAAGGCUGAGAUCACCUCACUCCAUUGCCCGUCCCUUUGGGAGAGCAGCGUCUCCAGUUGGGUCGGAAAGUCCGUGCCGGGUCUGGUCCUGGCAAUAUAAUAUCGCUCUCUCUAUCUCUCCGAUCCGCUACAGCCGUUAGUAAAAUUCCCAUAUAUUACACUAAAUAAAAGGGUUUUAUGGGCUGAGCUGGAAUCCCGGAAUUUACACCAACUAGAGAGAUGUAAUUCCGUACUUAACUAGGUCGUGUUUGGUUUUGGGUUUGUGUUUUGUGUGCCCUUUAUCUUUCGGUUUUGUCUUUGUUGUCAGCGUGUGCGCUGGAGUCGGGUCGGGUAGGUGGAACCAUGACGGUGGAAUAUUCCUAUUGGUCAUCAUAUCCCAUUGUAAUCCCGUGUCUGGAUUAUGCAAUAAAGAUAAUAGCAUGUGAUUGUCAUA